AUGACAGCACAUCCAAAGCAACUGCUCGUGCAGCUCAAAAAACGAAGGUGGAUAGUUCUUCUCCUGCUGAUCAUACUGCUUCUUGUAUUCGCCAUGAAUCGUAAUUAUCGACAGCAUCAGAAUUUGACUCCAAAGUCUGCACAAUGUUACCUGCCUGAGGAUUAUUCAAGAGAUGAUGCAAUUUAUCGGCUGCGUCCGCUCAACGCGCUGAAAGAUCUGCUGCUGGAGGAAAGGCAGCCUCGAUUUCGUCGGACCAUCUUUUUUCUGGAGACGAGUUGCAGUAUGCCGCCAAGAUUUAAAUAUAACAAGCUGGAGCUGGCAGCGAUGCAAGCUUGCGCCAUUGAAUCGGCUGCUCAACUUAAUCCCAGCUACGAUGUUUUUGUGCUCUAUGCCAGUCCGUGGAAUUAUUUGCCAGACAAGAAGACAAUGUCGCAACUUCUUGAGGUAACCUUGAGCAAUCCCAAUGUGUACUUGCGUUCGGUGAAUCUUCAGAGCUUGGCAGUCGACACUCCAGUUGAGGAUUGGCUCAAAAGUGCCGAGCUCUUCAAGUCACGUAAUCCGACUGAACACAUCUCGUAUCUGCUGCGUCUGCUGGUUCUCUAUCGCUUUGGUGGCUUCUACGUGGACUUCGAUGUGCUCUUCAUGCGCACCUUGAUGAAUUUACUCGAGAAUUUUCUUGGCGCCGAGAGUGAGCAGUCGCUAGCCAGCAGUCUUUUAUCUUUGGCUCCCUCUGGCAUUGGUCGUGAAUUUAUCAAAGAAUGUCUACGCGACUUCCAGCAGCAUUUCGAUGCGAAAAAUUGGCGAAAGAAUGGAGAUCAACUCAUCAAUCGUGUGGCAAGCAAGUUCUGUGGCACGCAGAAUGUUUCUGCAAUGCUCGACAAUCGUUCAGGUUGUCGUGGCCUUCAUAUACACGAUUGGUAUGCGUUUUAUGCUGUACAGCGGAGCUAUGUACAGGACUUUUUUGAUCCUGCACGCGUGGAGGAAACUCUCGAGCUAACGAACGGCUCGUAUUUGGUGCAUUUAUGGAACAAGUUAUCUUACGAGUUGCCUGUUAAAUUCAACUCAGAUACUGCCUAUGGCAAGCUGGCGAAGCAAUAUUGUCCUAAGGUCUAUGAGGCAAUCAGCGAAAAUUCUAAUUAGAAAAUAAACAAAGGAUAAAAUA